CGGCCUGUAGGGUUGAGGCCUUCGAAUGUGUCCUCUGGUCAAUGUUCUUGGGAUUCAAACUGACCAAGAGAAUAGUAGUCCUAACCAAGCUGAACAGGAGAACAGGAACACGGUUCCUGCUUUGCCAACUCUCCUGACCAUAGCCCUGCCUGUUGCCUCUGACCCCUGUUAUCAUGCCACGGGGCCACAAGAAGAAGGGCCACUCCCGUGCCAAACGUCACCAUGCAUGUGGGGGUAGCCAAGGUCUCCAGGGUGAUCACCGUAUGUCAGGCACAGGGUCAGCAUCUCUUCCUGUUAGUCAAGCUAAUUCCCCAAGCAUUUCUGAGGCCUGCACUCCUUGGGGAGCUGUGUUUUCUGCAUCUUCUGGUGCAAAUACGUCCAGUACAGGCUUUGAUAAAGGGGCUGAGGGUGCUGUUGGCUGUGGUGAUGCAGAAUGUCUAGGUACCUUCAAAGCAGAAUCCAUCCCUCAGCUGAUAUCUAAUGAUGCUCUUACUAAGAAUGCUAGUAUGCUGGUAGAGUUCCUGCUGGAGAAAUUUAAGAAAAGUGAAGAGUUUACAGAUGCUGAUAUGCAGAGGGUGGUCAGCAAGAAAUACAAGAUACAAUUUUCUGACAUCCUGAGGAAAUCUUCCCUCCGCAUGGAAAUGAUCUUUGGAAUGCAGUUAAAGAAAAUCAAUGACAGUAGUGAAACCUAUGCUAUUGUCAGCAAACUAGGUCUCUCCACUGCUGAAAUUCUAAGUGGCAAGAGGGGGUUGCCAAAGAUGGGUCUUCUGAUGACCAUCUUGGGUCUGAUUUUCACAAAAGGCAACCGUGCCACCGAGGAAGAGAUCUGGAAAUUCCUGAAUAUAUUAGGAGUAUAUGCAGGGAAGAAGCACUUGAUUUUUGGGGAACCCCGAAGGUUCAUCACCAAAGAUCUGGUUGAGCAAAAGUACCUUGAGAUCUGCAAAAUGUCCAAGGGUAAAUCCCCAAAAUAUGAUUUCCUGUGGGGUUCCCGGGCCCAUAUAGAAACCAGUAAAAUGAAAGUCCUAGAAGUUUGGGCUAAGAUCAAUGACACCAUUCCCAGCUUCUUCCCUACUAUGUAUGAUGAAGCUCUUAAAGAAAAAAUAGAGAGAGCAGAACGUGAAUCUGUAGUCUUGGUUCCCACAGCUGCUGCGGGCAGGGAUUGUCCUCUAUGCAUGUCCUGCAGCUUCUACAAAUAGCUGCAACCAAAGUUGAGUUUUCACUUCCUGUGUGAAAUGUAGUUGCUUUCUAUGAAGUAGAGUUCAUGGGUUACAGGAAUAAAGCUUCUUUUAUUUGUCUAUACAUUAGUAAAUGAUAAGUAUAUUUGCUUUUGUGAACUGCAAAUAUUCCACUAAUGGAAAGUUAAUUUGUUUCACAAUCUUUGUUUCUCAGUGCUAUGAUUGAUACAUUUAUUGCUGCAUUUCAAUGUUAAAACCAAGAACUCUUUACUUUAAAAACCAAUUGGAAAAUUUCCACAAGUUCCUUUUUAGUAUUACAUAAGAAAACAUGAAUUUGUAAAAGUGAUUCUCAUGGAAAUGUAAUGUCACAUAUUGGUGAAACAAAUACAGUAAUAAACUAAUUAAUUGUGUGA